ACUGAGACAAACUCAGAAAUCUUCAACUCUAGGACUGAAACUCACAUCUUCAGCCUCCAUGAUGAAGGUCUUCGAGGUGCUUCUGUGCCUGAUGCUCACCGCUGCUACCUUCAGCACUCAGGUGUUCACUCAUCCAGAUUCAGUGUCCAUCCCAAUUACCUGCUGCUUUAGUGUAGUCAAUAAGAAGAUUCAUAUCCAGAAGCUGGAGAGCUACACAAUAGUCACCAACAGCCAGUGUCCUCAGGAAGCUGUGAUAUUCAAAACCAGACUGUCCAAGGAACUAUGUGCAGACCCCAAGGAGAGGUGGGUCCAGAAUGCCAUGAAGCGUUUGAACCAAAAGUCCAAAUCCCAAAAGCCUUAAACCUUGAGACCUGGAUUGAGAGGCAGAAUCUGAAGGAAAUCUUAUUUAUUUUUCCCCAACCUUCCCCUUAUGCACAGUGAUAUUAUUUUAUUAUAAUGUCCAGAAAGAAGCACUUUAGUUAAAGCAUAGCCUUUUUCUUGUCGAUAUUUAAUUUUAUUUAAGUUACUGAUGUUUGAGUUUAUAUAAGUCUUUAUGAGUGUAAACUAUAAAAGCCUUCACAUUUCCUUUUCUGUGAAUUCAUUUGAAUUUAUGGCAAGAUGUGUUUUUUUUUUUUUUGUCCUACCUGCCUAUGGUUUUUGUGAGGUCCUAGCUUGGAUCACUUAAGUGAACACUUAGGCAUUCUUUGGGAAUCUGUGUUCCAGUGUAUCGAUGGUGCCGUGUUAUCACUCAAAUUAAUGUUUUCUAAUGACUAUGUAAUUGUUAACGAAAAAUACAUAUAAUUUAAAAUUA